AGUCAACAAACAAGUACUUCAAAAAACUAUAGUACCGGCUUCGAGUUCAUCAUUGUUUGGCCAAACCAAGCUCUCUUUCUCUCUCUCCCUCUACAUAUAUAGUUACUUGAUUCUGCAGUUGCAUCAAUCGUCGUGUGUGUGGCUUGGGAUCAGAUCGAAUUGACGAGCUCUAGCUGCAGGCACUACGGGAGAGACGCAGUGUGCCGACGGUGACUGUGUGCCGACGGUCAGCUCCGUCGCCGGUCGACGAGCGCUUCUGUGCCGACGGCCCCGACAUUUGGCCGUGAGGCAGAGAGGAAAAAUAUGAGAGGGUUCGAAAGGAGAGGCGUCCGGCAGUACAACCGAUCUGACGAGCCACGGAUGCGGUGGACGGAGGAGCUGCACCGGCAGUUUAUCGAGGCUGUCGACUGCCUCGGCGGUCCAGAUGAGGCAACACCGAAGCGAAUUCUUCAGCUUAUGGGUGAGAAGGGAGUCAGCAUAUCUCACAUCAAGAGCCAUCUUCAGAUGCACCGAUCAAGCUCAAGCAACAACAGUAACAACACGGACACCCCGGCCAACGUGUUUGUGGAUCGUCAUCAAGAUCAAUGCGUCGAUGAUGAGUCAAAAGAAUGGAACCAGGCAGCUGCUUCGGACAUGAGCAACGCUUCUUGUAAGGUGCGUCGCUGUCGCGGCACCCACCACCACUCGACCUCGCCGCCUUCACUACAGGAAUGGGGCUAUAUGCCGGGGCCGACGGCCGCGCUACGCCGAGUGUCGAAAGGGCAGGCUGGCCUGGCCGGGCCAUACGCCGACGGCCCCGACUUUUGGCCGUCGGCGUAUAGCCUGGCCGUCGGCGUAGCCUCCCAUUCCUGCAGUGCUUACCAAAUACCGUCCAUCGAGGAAGUUCUCAGAAGUUGGGAGCAGAGUAGAGAGCGCCCGCCAUGGAACUCGAGCAUGCUAAUCACCACAGAGAAGGCGAUCGGCUGGCCGUGUCACGCUGAUUGCAAGACGCGUCAGAAGAAGCAGACGGCGGCGGUGUGUGACCUGACGCUGUCCAUCGGCGGCCCGGGGGAGGAUGAGGCGGACGCGAGCAGCGACAUUGACGGCUCGAGCAUGACUACUGAGGAGGCCGCCGCGCCGGUGAGGGAUCGAGGAGCCCGUGACCUCCACCGCUCCACUUGUCUGAACCUAGACCUGAACCUCGACCUCGCCGUCCCAUCUUCUUGGCUCGCCUGACCUGAGAAGCUGUGCUACGCCCUAUGUAAAUGCGUAGAGCUGUCUUUGUAUACAUCGUAUGUACAUAUCGAUGUAUAUAUUGUAGAUCGUACGUGCUAGCAUUAUUUCGAAAUAUUUUUUGAUAGCCAUAUCAUUUGAGAGGAGUAUGCCACUAUACAUGCA